AUGCGGCUGCACUUUGCUCUCCUGCUGAGCAUCAUCGUGGUGAUCACCACUUGUAGCAGCGUACAGGCAUCGCUUGAAGGUUCAGAGAAGCAGCUCAAAAAGAUCUGGGCCGCUCUGGCAGACCUCACAAGAGAUGAAGGUCAAAGGUCCAUGUCGAGCUCUGAACGCCAAAAGACCAUUCAAGACAUCCAAGCGCUCAUCGAUCCCGAUGCAAAGAGCCUUCGACAGGGCGAGGAUGGCAUGCAGGCUGGCACAGCCGGCUACUCCCCCCCUAGCGGCGACCUUGAGAAACAGCUCGAGGCGAUCGCCAACAUCUCGGCUGUAGACUACGCGGAUGCCAUCACGAGAGAGGCCAAGGAGUACGCGGGCUCCAAAAGCGCAUUCUACCCCUUUGCACCCCCUAGCAUACCCCUUGCUGUGAAAGGGUGAGUUGCUGCCGAUGUCACGCAUCGAGCCUAAGGACCUUCGCUGAUCGCCGACCUCGCAUUCGCGUUCGCGUCCAUACCAUCUCUGAUGCGUUGCAGACCAUGUGAGUACUGCAACCCCUGCCCCCACUUGAGCGCACAUGGUGCAAAGAACGACACUGACCUCUAGAGCGCUCUUGUCUUCCACGCAGAUCUCAACACUUGGCUUCCCGCUGGCUCAUGGUAUCAGACCACGCCUCCAAACGUGGCGGGAAACGGUGGUUUGCUAUACGGUCAGGACCCUGCUUUUUGGACCUCCAGCUACGGCGCUGAUGGCCAGUUCCGCAUGGCGUGGAACGGCCUGAUCCGCAUUGACAACACAACGCACCAAUGGAUGGGGAACGCUUUUGGGACGACUGUCGCCAAGGGCCCGAAUGCCAAGCAACUCUCUGCUACAGUCACCGCUACGCGGUCGAUCUUUGAGUUCGAGGCAGACGGCGUCAAGUUCAAUGCUACAUUCCUGACUCCAGUCGAGCCAUUUGAUUGGGUCAGACAGAGUGAGUUGUCAAGCGGGGCAGCGCACGCAUCCAGCCAGCGAGCGUCAGGCGCAGCAGCGCGCUGACUGUGAAGCUCCUCCCUGCACUCUUCCUCGCAGGUCUGCCCCUUAGCUAUUUGCACGUUGAGCUGGACAGAGCGAGUGCCAAAGGUCGAAGCGUCCAGAUCUACACAGACAUCGACGAGCGUUGGAUCACGGGCCACGACUGUGAUUAUGAAAACUACCCGACCAAAAUGGUGAGUUGAAGCAGUUGCGCUGGAUGGAGACUGGUGCGCAGAAACUGUUGAAUCUGAGAAUUUGACCGCGCCGCUGCCUGAAUUUAGCGCUGGAACGGCAACAACAAUGGGUCCUUGUCAUACUUCCUCGAAAGGACUGUCCCGGAGAAGUACACCGAAUUCCGUCAGAGGGCCGAGUGGGGCACGACAGUCUACGCUACCCGCGACCGCCCUGGAUUGACCUCACGCAACAACAACAACGUUGUGGCUCAAUUCGAAUUCUUGCAGAAAGGGCGCGUGUCCAUUGAUCACUUCCCAGUAGGCGGCCCGGACAAUGCUUUCUCGUUUGCAGUCGACUUUGACAACAAAAAGGGAAGCGAUGACGCCAUUUUUGCUGUCGGUCAGUUCCGAGAUCCUCUGGUCAACUACAUCCGUGCCGGAUCAGCCCAAGGCUCCAGCUAUCUCGAGGACAGGUACGGCCUAUGGCGCACGGAAUUCGACACUGUCGAUGCCGCCACAGCAUUCUUCGUACAGGACUUUGAGAAUGCUCUCAAGUCUGCCAAGAAGCUCGAUGCUCAGAUCGAUGCUGACGCUAGAGCUGCAGUUGGCGGUGGUGACAUCGGAGAGAAGUAUGCUGGGAUCGUCGCCCUCUCCGUUCGUCAGAGUCUGGCUACGAUUGAGAUUACUGUCAGCCGCGACAGCAAGACCGGCAAGUACAACUCGACGGACACUCUGAUUUUCCUCAAAGAGAUCAGCAGCAAUGGUGACAUGAGUACAGUGGACGUCAUCUUCCCUCAAUUCCCUCUUUUGACCUACCUCAACCCAGAGCUGCUUCGAUCUCUGCUCGAGCCCAUCUUCAUCUAUACUGAGAGCGGCAUGUACCCCAACAAGUGGUGUGUGCACGAUCUAGGUGUCUAUCCUUCAGCGUUCGGACACAACGAUGGUAACGACGAACCUAUGCAAGUGGAAGAAAGCGGAAACAUGAUUCUCAUGGCUCUGCACUAUGCUCAGCUUCAGGGCGCGAAAAAGGCGACUCCUUGGUUGAAGCAGCAUUAUUCGAUCAUGCAACAAUGGGCGCAGUUCCUCAUCGAAGACUCUCUUAUCCCCGCUACCCAGCUCUCCACAGAUGACUUUGCAGGCGAGCUGGCCAACCAGACCAACCUGGCUCUCAAGGGUAUCUCCGGCAUUGCAGCUAUUGGAGAGGUCGCCACGUUGCUCGGCAAGCAUUCAGAUGCUAAACAAUACCAAAAUGUGUCUGCGACAUACAUUCAGUCCUUCUACGGCUUUAGCAUCUCCAAGGACGGCUCCCACACCAAGCUGGCAUACCAGGACGAUAGCAGCUGGGGCACCCUCUAUAACCUCUUUGGCGAUCGCCUGCUAAACUUGCAGCUCGUGUCGCGUGAGAUUUACGAUAUUCAAGACAGCUGGUAUCCCAAAAAGGCAGCCAGGUACGCUGUGCCGUUAGACAGCCGUCAUGGCUGGGCCAAGACGGACUGGGAGCUCUUCACCUCAGCAAUUUCUGCCAGCAAUGCCACGCGCAAUCUCUUCAUCGAGAAGGUGUACGACUUUGCAUCGAACGGCCGCACGGAUGCACCAUUCACCGACCUGAUGCACUCCAUCACGGGCGAUUUUCCAAAGGAGCCCUACGACCCUCUCAAGCUAUUCCUUGCUCGUCCAGUCGUCGGUGGUCAUCUCUUCCACAUGGCGCUGGCUAAGGCUGACAAGGUGAAUGGCAUCAGCGCUUCGAGACCGUACAAGUACGGACCGCCCAUCAAGUCGAAGAAACCACCCAGCAAAGAGCGAUUGGACGAGAUCGCAGGAAUCAUUGCACGAGCCAAGCAAGGUGCUCUGGGAGGCAUCACUACGCCCUCAGGCUUCCGGCAGGGCGGCAACACGCCACCGAAGGCGCAAAAGGCUGAUGCAAGCUCAAGCAAGUCUGCCGGCGCAACCUCAACGAAGCUGAAGAAGCACGUGACGCGCACAGCCCACGAAGAGAGCCACCAUACGGCUGCGUAUCAUGCUACUGACCGCACUGCUGCUCGUCACGCAGCGAUGAGGGGCGGUCAAGCAGCUUUUGGUGCCAUGCGCGCUUAG